UUUAAGCAUUAGUUUACAACUUUAUUCUUAUAAACUGUUAAUUUUUUUCUUACAGUUGUACGACUUUAUUCAUCUGUAAUUCUGACUUUUCUCUCAUAAUUUUAUAACUUCAUUCUCAAAUAUAUUAGUUUGUUUUUCUUUUAAUGGCGUCCCAGCAAAAAUGUCCGUUGACCAUUUUGUUUUGAAAUUCUCCACCGGAAGUGAGAUUAGAUUCUAGCAGUUUUCACGUUGGUGCGGUAAAGUUAAGUGCGGUAAGCCAUCAAACAAGUUAGGCGGGGGAAGAAAAAAUACGUCCGACAAGUUUAGCGCAUCCUCUGUUCCACACUAGAAUCGUUUUUGGUCAGACUCUCCUGGGGCAGGGACGCUUAAAAAAGAAAGAAGAGAAACAUGGCUGCUUUCUCAGCCUGGUUUUGGAACGAGAGGUUUUGGCUCCCACACAAUGUAACCUGGGCGGAUCUGGCAGACCCAGCUCCCGGGGUGGAGUAUCCCAAAGCUGGACAUUUGUUGACUGCCUUACCGUUAGCUUUGGGGAUUUUCGCAGUUAGGAUACUCUUCGAAAGAUCACAUGUGUCAAAGUCAAGGCCCGGGGGCCGGAUCCGGCCCUCCAGAUUUAUUGCCAGCGCCUGUGCUCGGCGUCUCCACAUCCAGCCAGGGGUUGGAAGAAGAGCUCAGCCCAACGCAGUGCUGGAGAAAGUGUUUAUAUCAAUCACAAAGAACCCAGAGCCUCGGCAUCUGAAAGGCUUAUCCAAGCAGCUGGACUGGGAGGUGCGAAAGGUCCAGCGCUGGUUCAGGCACCGCAGGAACCAAGAUAAACCCAGCACACAUACAAAGUUCUGCGAGAGCAUGUGGAGAUUUACAUUCUAUUUGGGUAUAUUAACCUAUGGGGUGCAGUUUUUGUGGCAGACCCCUUGGAUGCGGGAUACACGGCAUUGUUGGUACGGUUACCCCUAUCAGGUGAUGACUCGGGGUCUUUAUCACUACUACGUGACAGAGCUGGCUUUCUAUUGGUCCCUCAUGUUCUCUCAGUUCAGGGACAUAAAAAGGAAGGACUUCCUCAUAAUGUUCAUCCAUCACCUGGCAACAAUUGGCCUCAUCAGCUUCUCUUACGCCAACAACAUGGCGCGAGUCGGAAGCCUUGUGCUUUGUGUCCACGAUGCCUCUGAUUUCCUGCUAGAGGCAGCAAAGCUAGCAAACUACGCCAAGUCCCAGCGCUUGUGCGACUUCCUCUUCAUUUUGUUUGGUGUGGUCUUCUUUAUCACACGACUCGUCAUUUAUCCAUUUUGGGUCCUAAACUCUACUAUGUUUGAGAGCUGGACGAUAGUCGGGCCAUUCCCAUCAUGGUGGGUCUUCAACAUCUUACUGCUGGUGCUCCAAGUGCUGCACAUCUAUUGGUCAUACCUCAUAGCUCGCAUUGCUAUCAAAGCCAUGCUGAGAGGGAAGGUUGGCAAUGAUGUUCGCAGUGAUAUAGAGAGCAGCUCAGAAGAUGAAAGCAUCACAUCCACAGACGGCUCCAAGUCGACCCAUCUCUCCUCAAAGGGGGAAAACGGCACUAACGGCCAUUGUGCUGCUGUUAAAGCGCGGCGGCAGAACCACAACAGCUGGUGAUGCAGAGCGAACUCCAGAACCCGCCUGCAGCCCGUCCCGCCUCAUCAUCUCCGAAAGAGUCGUCCCUCUGGAAAGGAAACGCCCGCUCCCAUAACCCCGCACAACACUGACACAAAGUGCGCACAUGUUUCUGAACUGAUGACGGGCGCACAAAGACACUUUUAGCAGUGGAGAGCCGUGCAAUCACACGGAACUUCCUGUAAAGACAUGGAAAUCAACUGAAGCAUGUGAUUUUUGACCUAUUUGGAAAUGUUUGUUCUGUGUUGCUUUCAGUCGCAGAUGUUGGGCAGUUUCAAUGUUCUCUUCCAGUUUUAGUGGUCAGAUGAACUUGAUUAUUUUUGGCUCAAAUGGGUUAUUGAUUCAUAAUGGAUUCCACAGCAGGUGGUAAACAAAAGUAAUGAGUAAAUAGUUUCAUUGUAGCUUUGGUUUAUCAGCUUUAAAAGAACACCUGCUCUGUGACAGUAAAACUGGUGGGCCAUCUUUUUUUUUUUUUUGCUCCAGUUCAUUGUGGAUCGCCUUUUUAAUACAUUGUAGGUCUUUUUUUUUAAGGGUGUUUUACUGUUUUUCUGAGACCAAAAUUUGUAAGAAAUGUCACCUGAAGCUAUCCAGGUUUGAGGACCACUGUUUACUGUGUUCUCACUUGAGUGCCUUGUACAAAUGUAUUUUAAAAUAAAUUGUUUUUAAAAACAGGA